AUGAUUUAUUCCCAGGGUUUCAAUUUCAACUCCUACGUCGAGAAAGGUGUCGACCCUCGCACCGGCCAAUACAAUUGCACCAUAUCCCUCUAUGAGGUGCCGGCCGGGGUUCGCAACUGCCCCCCUUUCAACCUUUUCCUCCACUAUAAUCCCCUGGGAGGCGACGAUGUCGGCCUGGGACGAGGCUGGUCGUUUGGCAGCCUCUCCUCCUAUGACCAGCCAUCUAGGACCCUUAUUCUGUCUACCGGUGAGAAUUAUAAAGUCCAGGAAAGCAUCACCUCCGUCAUGGUGACGGACCAAAAGCUCAAGAGUUUCAUGUUCCAGAAGACGAGCACCACAAGCUACCGCGUGACUCUCAAGUCAGGCCAAGUGGAAUUACUCUCCAACUUCAACAAUCGGGCCUCUGUCAGUGUACCCACUGAAAUUUACGGCGCCAAUGGCCACUCGCUGAAGCUCUCCUGGGUGUUUUCGGGCACCCAGCCCCGACUCAGCAAGAUCCAGGCCGGCUCGCAGGACCUGGUCGAGGUCGUCUACAAUGACAGCGCGCAGAUCGCCACCAUCACAAGAGCCCCGGGGACCGCCGAGGCCGCGACCUUCGCGCUGGUGAAACGCAAUAGCCAACUGGCGGAGCUGCGCCUGCCGCUGGAGGGCUCGCCGGCCUGGCAGUUCGCAUAUGGGACGGCUGGCAUCACCAAUGUCACCAGCCCGACAGGGGCAACGGAGAGCAUUUCCUACAGGGCGGCGGGCUUCCGGCUGCCCAGCGGCGCGCCGGUCAGUACCAUCCCCCACGUGAUCUCGCACACGGCGCGGCCCUUCCAUGACCAGCCGGCCAUCCAGACGACCUACAGCUACUCGGACCACAACUUCCUCGGCUACGGCGGAGGCCGGAACUGGACCAGCGACGGUGAUAACCUCUACCUGACCCCGGCCGACUAUGAGUAUACCUCCACCGUGCAGGUGGUGGGCGGAACUACCACCAGGCAUGUUUACAAUAAGUUUCAUCUGCAGCUCAGUACGCAGCAGCAGAAGGGCGUCAAGCAGCUCACACAGGCCACCACGUACUAUGCCCGCAGCAAUACUGCCUUUGAGAACCAGCCGGCCCAAUAUCAGUUGCCCCAGACUCAAGAUACCACCUAUCGGGACACCUCCACCGGGGCGUCGCGUACCGAGACGACCCGGUUCACGUUUGACGUCUGGGGGAACGAGACCAGCGAAACAUCCCCGAGUGGUGUCACAACCACUCGUGAAUACUAUGGUGCCGCCGGCGAGAUGGCCUCUGGUCAGGUCCUCUGUCCGGCCGAUCCGCACGGAUUCCAGCGCUAUGUCAAGCUGGAGACCGUUAUACCUGCUGCGAGUGCCUAUCCGACGCCCACCCGCGCCCAUAGCUACACAUAUCUCGACCUCCCCACGGCCACCGCGGCCCUAACCGACUAUUUCGUGGCCAGUGACCAACGGCUGACCCGCGAGGAUGGCCAAACCCUCGCUACCACGGAAUACACCUACGUGAACCAGCCGGAGUCCGCGGAUCAUGGCCGACGACAGCAGCAGGUCACACGCUUGUUUAACCAGGAUCCGACGAUAUAUAAGUUGACGUACCGCCAUGCGAGCUCGACGGAACUGACCGAGACCAUUACAACAACCAGUUUCGACGGCCAGACCACGCAGGAGGAAACCACCACCUCCCUCAUGUCCGGAUUGACGCUCGCAACCAAGAACCGCGCUGGCACCGAGACCACCCAUCAGCACGAUGCGAUCGGUCGGGUAACCCAGACCGUCAUCGCCCCUGGUACGGCCUUCGAGGCCAGAAAGCAGCACGAAUAUGCUGUCCUAAAGAACGCCGUUGGGUGGCAAGUCACGGUGACCGACAGCAAGGGAGUGCGGACCCGAUACUUCACCGAUGGCAUGGAUCGCGUGGUCCGGGUGGAAUCCCAGGACGACGAUGGCAGCUGGGACCAAUAUCAGACAUACACCGGUACAUUCCGCGUCGUUCAGGAGCGCCGGUAUAACGCCCUCGAUCAAUGCACCGAAGAGGUAGAUAUCGACUGGCUGCGGGCCAGCGGAAGGCCCGUGGAGCUACGUACGACUCGCGCCCUCGAGUACGAUGACUGGGGCGAGGUCUAUAAAGUCACGAAGAACGGCGGAGCGGUGCACCUCUCCGUGACAGACCCCAUUGCCUUGACCCAGACCGUAGGGAAUGAGGGCGAAGGCCAGACGCGGGUCCAACACAAUGUAUCUCAAACCCCGAUAUCCGAGGCUCUAGUGCGGCGCAACGGAACCGUCGAGAGUACCAUCCAAUAUGCCUAUGAUGGACUGGGACGUCGCUGCCAGAUGACGGAUGGCUUGGGCCGUGCCACGCAGUAUAGCUACGAUAGCUUCGAUCGCGUGGCCAAGACAACAUGGCCCGAUGGCCAUGCUAUCAUUACCCAGUACGCGGCCGAGAGCACCGCAGCUUUGCCUGUGGCUAUCAAUAUUCAGGGCUCCUCAGGCUUCAGUAAGCAAUCGUUCGAUGGAUUGGAAAGGCCGCUCCGCACCACUGUCGGCGGCCGCGCCACCAACAAUACCUAUCAAGGCGUCGCCCCCGUCCCUGCCCAGGUCAUCUCUCCGAAGGGGGGGCGCUCCGAGCGCACGUAUGAGCCGACAUUGGACUAUGCUUUGACAGGAAGGGUCACUAGCGAUGGCACCGACUCAUACGAGUACGACAAGCAAACCGGCCAUGUCUUGCAGCUGGAGGGUUCGGUCGCCGCGGCCAGCCUCAGCUACUACCCAUCCAGUUUGCUGUCCAAGGAGACUAUCCAAACCGCUGAUGGGGCUCGCGCCUUGAGGUACGUGUACUCACAGGCUGGCAAGCUACAAGAGUAUACCGACGUCCACGGGAAACAGCACGCGAUCCAGUACGAUGAGUAUGGCCGGCGGCAAGAAAUUAGUGUCGGAACGCUCAAGACCAGACUCAGCUAUGAUCAGGCAGACCGCGUCAUCACGAUGGUGGCCCAAGAUAGUCAACAGGGUGUGACCCUGACGACCAAUAUCGAGUACGACGAGUUCGGCCGCGAAAUUCAGCGGAAGGUCUGGAAGGGAGCGACGCUCUUAUUCCAGUCUACCCAGUCCUACGGGGCAACGGGGCUGGUCGCCGCACGCGAUCGAAGCGAUGACAACGGCACUCUGAUGCGGCAGGAAACCUUUGAGUAUGACAGUUUAAGCCGGUUAGUAGACUACCAGUGCCAGGGCACACAGCCCCCGGUGGACGAGCAAGGCCGCGCCCUUCGCCGUCAGUGCUUCACACUCAACGACUAUGAUGGCUUCGCCCAAAUCCAGACCACGUUCGCGGAUGGCAGCGAGAAUACGCAGGCCUACACGUACAGUGCUCAAGACCCGACACAGCUUAUCAGCAUCUCUAACACUCACUCGCACGAAGCGGCGGCCGUCAAUCUCGAGUAUGACGAGAACGGGUGUAUAACGCGCGACGAGCACGGGCGGACGCUAGUCUAUAAUGCGUCGCGUUUCCUUUCCGCGGUAUAUGAUAACCAGAACCAGCUCCUCUGCGAGUACGGGUACGAUGCAACGGACCGGCUUGUCCGUCAGUCGAUUCCCAAUCAGCCGGACACCGAGUUUUCUUACCGCGGGAACUCGUUAAUCGCCGUUACCAAGGGGGACCACCAGACCAGCUUCGUCUCGGACGGGGGGAUAUACUGGGGGGAAGUCCAACAGCAGGGGGCUGAGGUGAACACCCAACUUUGGGCGUCCGAUGCCCACCACUCGGUUUGCACCUGGCUGGAUACGCGGGAUAUAGAACAGGUCCACGACCAAGCGUACACGCCCUACGGCUUCAGCUCCAACGGAGCGACUAUCGGCUUCAACGGACAGUGGCGAGACCCGGUGACCGGGUGGUAUCAUCUGGGGACCGGCUAUCGUGUGUACAACCCUAGUCUGAAGAUCUUCCUGCAGCCGGACGCAUGGAGCCCCUUUACCUCGGGCGAAAUCAACCCGUACGCCUACUGCCUGGGGGACCCGAUCAAUCGGACCGAUCCGAGCGGCCACUGGAGCUUGCGAAGCUUCUUUCAGUUGUUGGCUGGCUUGACCGUUGCCAUUGGAAUUGCCGUCUUCACUGGAGGGGUCGGAUUAGUUGCGGGAAUGGCAAUUGGGGCCGUCGUGAAUGCAGGCGUCGGGGCCGCCUACGACCUGGCGACAGGGACAACUCCCACACUGAAAAGCAUAGCCUCCGAUGUUUUCUACGGGGCCGCCGGUGGAGUGGCCGGUCACGCUGUGGCCGGGGCCGGUAAAGCCUUGCCUUGGGCGCUGGGAAGCGUAACGGGGAGGAUCACGCAGGCAAUCACUUACGAGGUCGCCACGAACGUCAUUACCACCCCGGGGACUCUUCUCUUCCAAGCCUACGGGCGUUCCGUUCGGUCUCGUCUGGGGACCAACAAGAAGGGCUCCCAGACGCAAGACCCCCUCGCCACGACCACCGGCUAUCUGGCGGAGUUGCCCAUGGAUAAACUUCGACGGCAGCAGGGAAGCGCGCCUCAGAGCCAACAGAUUAUCUCGCAAGCUGCCGGUCGGCUUUCAGGUUACGAUGAGACUUCUUCCGAUACCAUGUCCGCCCGGAUCUCCUCCCGGGAGACGGUUACUGCCGAGGAUGUCAGCUCGAACUCUCUCGUGGGAUCCACCUAUGUCGGCUCCCAGUUCACGCUCCAGCUAAGUCCGGUCCACCGGGUGUCCUUUACUAUCGAAGCGCAGGCGGCGCACGUACCGGCCUGGGAUGUCACCGGGUCCUCGCUGAGUGCGGCCCCGUACCAGCUUGGUGGUGGCAUGAGCUUACAAGGGUAG